ACUCCGCCCUCAACUCCUUCCAAGAGAAACCGGCGGCCUCUACGGCGUGUGCAUCUCAGAGCUCCUCGACAACGGCACCACCAUCCCCCUCGAACCCUCCGGCGGCCGAGCCUGGGUAGUCUCCUCCGUCGUCGACCUCGGCAUCCGAAUGCUCGAAAGCCCCCGAGGACGCCAAGGUCAGUCCACCCUCCCUCCUCCCCCUUAUUCCCUAUCACUAACCUUUAUCCAGCCCUCUCCAACCUCGCCCAGAAAUCCCUCCUUGUCUGGCGCGAACGCCCCAUCUCCAACCAUGAACCCCCCCUCCCCAAAAAAAUUAACACCCCCUCCGCGGUAGACGACUUCCUCUACACCGUCCGCCACAACCUCCCCCUGAUCAAACUCGACCCAAAACGCAACGGCUUCCUCGCCUGCCCCUCCACCACUUCUCUCUUCCACCUCCCCCCUUCCUUCUCCUCGAGAUUCAACCCCAAAAGCGCCGCCAUCCUCCACCUCAACACCCACCUCGUCACCAAACUCUACCACUCCCGCCUCAAGUCAGACAUAUCCAGGCGCCACAAACGGUUUGACGCCUCCGAAGCCCAAACAGCCCGCUUCAGAAGAUUAGCUUUCCAUAUUGCAGCAAUGGUGACGCAUCACCUGUGCCACCUCUUUGUCAACUACCUCCGCGAUCACGCCCAGGAGGGGGAGCUGAGAGAUAAAGUCACAGACGCUGAUUUCAUGAGGCUCGUGACAAGAUAUGAUCCUGGGGCGGAGUGGGAGGUGGAAUUUUUUGGGGGGAGGCCAAAACUUUUUGUUGAUUGGGAUGGGGGUGAUGACAAAAGCGAAAAGGGGGCGAGUUUUGUGAUAAAGAGAGGGGGAGGGAAAAACGGGAGGAGGAUGGCGGCUGGGGUGGCGGGGUACAAGGUCGAGAGUUAUUUGGGUGGUGAUUUCUCUGUACCGCUGAUUACCGAGGUGGAAGGAGAGGUUUUUCCUAUGGAAAAGUAUCAGGAUGUCAAGAGAAGGUAUGGGGGUUCGAGGUUGACGGAUUGUCACCAUGGGGGGAAGAAGGUCAGUAGUAGUAAGGAGAAUAGUCCUAGUGUUGGGAGUGAGGCGGAGGGGCAAUUUGGUGAGGGGAAGGGGCAGGAGAUUGGAUCACGGAUGGCGGUGAUGGAUCAACCGUUGGGCUUGCCAUGGAAUAUUCAGGGGCAGGAAUACCAAUUGUUGAAGCAGGCUUGCUUUGAUCCUGCGGUGAGGGUUGUUAGUCCGAUGAGGGUUAGGACUAUGAUGUGA